AUGACCUGCUCCAUGUUUCUGGUCACUUACGCGGGAGCAGCCCUUCUGUUGGCUGCCCGAGUGUCCUCGGCGCUCAACUUUACCGUCUCCAACGGGCAAAUCUAUACGCCCGGCCUGGUUAUUGUCAACGCCCCGCAGCCUAGCACACCUCUAGGCGGAGACACCAUCGAAGUUGCGCUGGAUGUCUCAGCCAACGGCCGCCUGCCUCUCCCGCCUUACCCCGAGGACAGUCCCAGCGUGAUCCACUUCAUCCACAUAUUUCUCUCCAGCUACGAUACAAACCGCAACCUCACCAUCACCAACGGCACCGCCUCGGCCAACAACGCCAGCCUGAGCGACAUCAUGCUACAGGAGCCCGGCAGCACCGUGAAGCACGUCAAGUGGACCUGGCCCGAUUGCCUCGUUGGCGACGGGAGCCAGCAGCAGGGCCUUGGGGAGACCGAUCGGGGCGCGUAUAACGUCUCGAUCCGGCAAUCCUUCCGCCUCAACGGCCAGGACCACUACACCGUCUUCGACCUGCCCAUCUCGGUGAGCAACAGCAUCCCGGCCAGCGACAGCAGGCCGUCGUGCGACGUCCUGGACAACCCGCUGCUGACGCCCGAGGAAAUCCUUGCGUCGGCAGAUGCCAUGUCAGUCAUGUUUGCACCGGGCGAUGCCACCACGCUGCAGACCAGCCGGAGCGGUGCGGGUAGUUUGAGAAGGGGUCUGGGUUGGGCUGGGUUGGCGGGUCUGUGUGCUGCGCUGAUCAUGUAA